GUCAUGCGUGUGCUGCGCGGGUGUAUCAUCAUCGCUCCAAUUCAGACGAACGGAAAAUGAAAACGAAGCCUCGAUCGAAACCCAACCAGAUCAUGUUGAGAAUUUUACGAUAUUUUUCGCGCACCGCGUUUACGUUGAACUAUUUUGACCGGGGGAAAUCGGUCGAACGUGCGACGAUUUCAACGAUAAACAAAAUAAUUUUCUGAAUUUGUGCAUUUUAAAAAUUUCCUCCAUAUGCGCUACUCGCACACGCGCACAUGGCGCAACGAUCGCACUCGUGACGCUUUUUACCGUGUGAUAUCCCAUCUAACUUGGAGACACGUGUAGUCCUACUACUUCUCGUAUCGCAGAAGGCUGGUCCGCUGCAGUUGUUGUCAUUUGUUGAUAUCGUGCUGUGUAUAUACAACGUCGCUCGGCCCAAUUAUUUUAUCAUUUCGUCUUCGAUCCAGUGCUGAUUCGUUCCUGAAUUUUCGACAUAUCAUACAACAAUGACAAUGGGAUCGGCCGAACAAAUGGAAACGACGAGCAGCAACGAGGACGGGAAAAACGUCUGGCGCGACGUUUUUGGCUCGCCGCGAUUCGUCGUGGCACCGAUGGUCGACGCGAGCGAGCUGGCCUGGCGCCUGCUGAGCCGACGACACGGCGCCGAGCUCUGCUUCACGCCCAUGCUCCAUUCCACGAUCUUCUGCCGCGACGCGAACUAUAGAGCCGCGGGCCUGGCCUCCAGCCCCGAGGAUCGGCCGCUCGUCGUGCAGUUCUGCGGCAACGAUCCGGACACCCUGCUGAAGGCGGCCCUGCUCGCCGAGCCCUACUGCGACGCCGUCGACCUCAACAUCGGCUGUCCCCAGGCCAUUGCCAAACGCGGCCAUUACGGCGCCUACUUGCAGGACGAUUGGGAGCUCUUGACAAAGAUCGUCUCAACCGUUAGCAAAGGAAUGCACAAACCUUUCACCUGCAAACUUCGCGUAUUCCCCGAGAUGGAAAAAACCAUCAGGUACGCGAAAACACUAGAAGCUGCGGGCGCCAGCAUGCUGACCGUGCAUGGUCGCACGAGAGAGCAGAAGGGCCCGAUGACCGGCAUCGCGUCCUGGGAACACAUCAAAGCCAUCAAAGAAGCCGUAAAGAUACCCGUAUUGGCCAACGGCAACAUACAGGUCGCGCAGGACGUCGAGCGAUGCAUCGAGGAGACCGGCGUGGAAGGCGUCAUGACGGCCGAGGGCAAUCUGUCGAAUCCGUUUCUGUUCGAGGGCGUCUAUCCGCCCUGCUGGGAGCCCGCCGACGAGUAUCUCGACUUGGUCGAGCGCUACACGGCGCCAGCCUCUUAUAUUCGAGGCCACUUGUUCAAAAUGUGCCACAGCGUGUUUCUUUUGCCAGAAAAUGCCGAUGUGCGAUCCAUUUUAGCCCAGAACUCGACCAUGGAAUCGUUCCGGACGGUGGUGAGAGAGAUCAAAAAUAGGUAUCAACCCUAUCACGAGGGUAAAGUAGUAUGGAGAGGAGCAAAAGAAGAUUACAAUUUGACGCUGCCACCUUGGUUGUGCCAACCACACGUUCGUGACAGUCCCGAGGAGCACGUGAAUAAAGUCGAGUCGAAGAAAGUCGAGCUGGAAAAUGCCCCGAAGAAACGCGAUUACAAGGACGAGGAUGGUAAUGAGAUAUCUCGUAAGCACAUGAAAAAGUUGCGUAGAAUAGGUCGUCGGCCAAAUAGACCAGAAGUGCAUACAAAACGCGGUGACAAUCUCUGUAAAAGCUGCCCUAAUCCUCUGGGAUCCAAGUGCGAAUACAAACUUUGCCGACAGUGCUGUCGUAACAAAUGCUAUAGCAACAAUUUGGAUUGCCCUGGGCACAGAAAUAUGACGAAAACGAGACGGAAAAUGGCAAUAGAGUUUGCUGCACAAAGAAGUAAUGCAGAAAAUACAGAGAAAAGCGUCGAUAUGGUUGAAAAUACGAAUACUGCUAGCUAAUAUUUUGUUAACUCUUGAAUAUAUUUGUACAUAAUGUUCACUAUCAUGUUAUAGUUAUAUUUUUUGAAUAUUGAAAGAUGAUUUAUAUAAUGUCUAUAUAAAAGAAUAACGCUUGUUUAAACUUAAAAA